AGGAGAGUGCGUGGAGGGGAGUAGAAUGAGAUGAGAGGGGAGAGGUAGGAGAGUGCGUGGAGGGGAGUAGAGUGAGAUGAGAAUUGGUUAUGUCACAGUGUAGGGGGUGUGUGUGUGAGAGCGAGCGUGUGUGUCAGGGUGAGGGAGGGGUUUGUUUAAUCCGGCCUGGUUCAGCACCUGUGUCCCUAACCACGUUGCGUGUCCACACUGUGCACAGAUCAAUGCACACGCAGUGACAGCACACACGUACGCAGACACACGUACGCACAGACACGCACAGACACACAAUCUCACUAAAAACUCACCCCCCUCACCCGCCCCCCCGUGUCAUGUCGGCCGUGCCCCCCCCGCCCUCCGCGCUGCCCCCCCGGGCCCCCCUCUCGUCUCGCCGCCGCCGCUACCGCCGCUGCGCGCUCAUGGCGCUGAGCGCGGCGCUGGCGCUGAGCGCGGCGCUGGCGCUGGGGGCCGCGCUGGGCGCCCCGCGCUGGCUGGGCGCGCGCACCCUGUGCGAGGCCGGGGCCCGGAUCGUCAACGCCUCGGGGGGCCCCGACCUCGACAAGUUCCGCGGCGCCCUCGGCAUGGGGCUCUUCACCGGAACCAACGUGCGGCAGUGCGGCCUCGGCCCGCGGCCCGCCGCUAUCACCGUAUUCCCCGAGCUGAUGCGGCACCGCGAGGGCGCACUGCUGGCGUGCGUGUGCGCAUGCCUGGGCACCGCGUGCGUGUGCGCGCUGGGCUGCGCGGCGCUUGCACUCUACAACGCUAUGACGAGGCCCUACCGCAUCCUCUUGGGCACCCUGGGCAUCCACUUGACCGCCGCCGCCACAGCACUGCUGGCUUGGGUGGCCGUGGCCAUGUUCUGCGGCCUGGCCUUUGCCUCGGACCUCGUGGAGCAGGCGGCCAACGCGGGCGAGCCGGGCGUGCUGCGCGUGCUCACCGAGCACGUGUGGCUCAGCGACGGCGCGUGGCUGGCGCUGGCGGCGCCCUGCGGGGUGGCACUCGGCUCCCUCUCCGCGCAUGCUGCUCGCUCUCCCUCGACCCCGUGCUGCUACUGUUGCUGUUCCGGGCAGCGCGGGGCCCGCGGGGGCUCAGGGGAGAAGCCGGUGACGCAACUCGGGGACGAGCUCAUGUACUGACGACGAGAACGUGCGUGCGCGCCUGACUCGGAGGGACCAUGAAAUGCUCUUUUGGUUGACUCGAGCAUCGCAUGGGACAUGGCAGAAUUGUGUCCUUGUGUGAGAUUCUGUGUGGCCGAGGUCGAUGAAGCCGUUUUUUUUCUCAGUUAAAGACGGACUCGAAAGUAAUUCUCCAGGGGUUGGAUGCUGACUUCGUCUGUGAUGCCGGAUGGUGGAAGCAGCGCGAGUCGGAACACUGCGACAGUGUUCCCCGUUGUCUCUCCGAGCCACAUCGAGACUCCCCCAAUCAUCACCCCGAGUCACGCUGAGCCUCGCAAAGUCUCCCCGAGUCUCCUUGAGACUCCCUGAGUCUCCCUGAGUCUCCUUAAGACUCACAGAGUCUCGCCGAGUCUCCAUCUGACCUCCCCAUUGCGGCCAAAAGAGGAGAAUCGAUCGCCGUGUCUCCUGCGAGUGGACUCGGUCAAGUCUAACGCUGGACCAGCGGAGGAUGGUUGCCAUGGUCAGCGCGUGAGGUCAAAGGUGACGUCAUAUCACAGUGUGAGGUUAAUGCGUUUGUGGUAUGUCUGUAUGUCUAUGUGUUUAUAUCUACGUGUGUAUGUGUGUCUAAGGUAAAACGUGUGUGUAUGUCCGUGUGUCCGUAUGUGGGAGCGGUUAACAUGUUGUGCUAUGAACUUAGCGACCUGAGUUCAAUUCCCGCUCACGGUCAACACCAGUAACAAUUAUCUGCACCAGUCCUGGGCCUCCCAUCGGUCGACUAAACCUCAAAUGAGUACCUGGUGUGAAGUAUAAACAUCACCGCUUGGGAGACAAAAUUGGCCGGGAGUGGUGCUGGCAAUCCACCCCCUUUGUGUGCCAUGCCGGCCUUCAUAAACGUUUGUGAACAGCACUUGCUGUAAAAGUAUGUUAAGGCUAUACGGGCGAUCUUUGUCUUGUGCAUGUCUAUAUGUGUAUCUCUGUUUGAGGCAGUAGUUCGAGAGCAAUAUAACACUGACACUUUUUAUUUCAUCAGGUAAGGCCCACUGAGCAAUAUAGCUAUUUUUCAGAAGCGACAUGGCUAUCACAAAUCAUAGCUCAACGAAGUGGCUUAUCACGUGGAAAUUUAUAGCAGCCAAAUACUCUAAACGCACGUUGAUUCUAAAUGUGGAGGGAAAAACCAGAGGACCCGGAGAAAAAUCCACACGACCACGGGGAGAACAUGCAAACUCCAAAUAUACAGGCGUCAUGAUCGGGAUCGAACCCACGACCUCCUGUAGGCCAAGGGAGGUAGUUAACGUCUCACCACCAUGGAGGCCCCAUAGGCUCCCUGGAAAAGCGUCGCCGUCACGUGGUCUCCUCGUGUCCCUGCUUCGUCAAGUUGUUCAGCCAUCUUGCCGAAGCUGCGUGGUACGAAAAGGGACGAGAACCGAAUGCAACUCAAAGUCAAUCAUCCCACCAGCCUCUUUUCUCUGUAGAGCGUGCGCCGGCCACGGCAACGUAUCAUCACAAGAUAGCCUUUGUACACCCUGCAGAAAGGCAUGGACUAUCGACCUUAAAUAAACCGUGCGACGGUUUCAACCUAGAAACAGCAAAGCAUCGUAACGCACAACUGAAAGCCGUCGCCGGCCUUUUGGACCAAGCUCAGAGCCCGGAUGAAGAGAGUCGGGGGCGUCGUUUGUUCUAGGGUCUGGCAGAGUAUGGAAGCAAUGCGGCGUGGAGCUCUCGGAACCCACUCUUAUCGGAACCACUUCCAAAUCCUCGACAAAUUCCACCUGUGCUCAGAAAACAACCCACCCGCAUCUGAAAAGGAAUGGCAAAAGUGAUGUCUGCAAUGGUAAAGCUCUUCAACGCAGCCGCUCCUUGGAAAUCGAAGCCCCUUGAUUGUUUCCGAUUAACUUGCGAUGUGGGUUCAAGUGAAAUGGCCGAAAUUCUUGGAGCUUCAAGGAGCCGCUAAAAAAGUGGCCACAAAAAGGGCUUCAAAGCCCGGCCAAAGUGCAACUUGAAAGCCGUGCGAGGUGGGACCAUGUUGGUGCUCAGCUGUUAGACGUAGCGAGGCUCAGGUGAUUAAGACAAGACAACUUCGCAAGCAACAGGUGCAGUCGAUGUGGGAAGGAGAAAGAGGGCGAGAGAGCUCCCAUUCACCCAUCGUUCUCCACAGCCACAGUCGCACACGCGGGACACGAGAACCGUCAGUGGCAUCAUCUUCGGACAUGCAGAAGACAAUGUGUGUGUCUGUGUGUGGGUGGCGUCUAGGGGAGUGGUAGUUUAGCGGUUAGCACGCUACGCUACGAACCCGGCGACCCCAGGUCGAUACCCGUUCAUGGCCAAGACCAGUGACGAUCUGAACCGGUAGUGGGCCUCCCCUAGGUCGACUCAGCCUCAAAUGAGUUCCUGGUGUGUUGUGUAAACAUCGCCACUGGGGUGCCGUGCCGGCCUUCAUCGGUGCUCGCUAACAGCACUUGCCCCAAGUCUGUUACAGGCUAUACGGGGGAUCUUAAUCUUUAUUUUGUCUAGGUUUAUGUAUGUGCAUCAGUGUAUCUUCGUCUCGGUGUCUUGGUGUGCGUGUCUGUUUAUUGUGUGUAUUCGCUGUGUGUCUGUAUCUUUCAUUGUGGGUCUCUGUUUCUACGUGUCGUCUCUUUGUCUAUGCAUUUCUCUGUUUCUGUGUCUUUAUCUGUCUCGCUGUCUCUAGAUAUGCCCUGUAAGAAUAAUAAUAAUCAUGCUUAUUUUUAAAGUGCAUUUCAUCUAGAAAUAUCUCAAAAGCGCUGUAUGUAAAAAAUACUGUAAAAUAAAAUAACAACA